AGAAAAUAUCACGUGACAGCUGCAAUGGCUGACGCAGGUUCCGAGAUGGACCGAGGCGCAGAAAAAUAUCCGCUACUUGGUUUCGGACAGGCGGUUAUUGGUCCCCCGGGCUCAGGAAAGAGCACGUAUGUACGAGCAAUGCAGGCUUUACUUGCUCGGAUGGGCCGCAAAUCUGCCAUCAUUAACCUGGACCCGGCGGGAGAGGACGAACCCGGAGCGGCAGUGAGUCUGCGGGAGUUGCUUGGACUUGAGGAGGUGAUGUCGGAGUUGCGACUGGGACCAAACGGGUCUCUACUGUACUGCAUGGAGUAUCUGCAGGAGAACUUGGACUGGUUGCGGGCCAGGCUUCAGGGCCUGCGGGGGACAUACUUGCUGCUGGACUGUCCCGGGCAAGUAGAGCUCUACACACAUCACCCGGCCCUGCCUGACAUACUGCGGCGGCUGGGGGGCUGGGGGCUGAGGUUAUGUGCUGUUCACCUUGUGGACUCCCAUUACUGUACAGAUCCAGCAAAGUUCAUCUCUGUUUUAUGUACUUCACUUAGCACUAUGCUUCAUGUGGAGCUGCCACACAUCAAUGUCCUGUCUAAAAUGGAUCUUAUUGAACAAUAUGGCCGCCUGGCCUUUAAUUUGGACUACUACACUGAGGUCAUGGACCUUUCAUUUUUGGUUGAACAGCUGACAUCUGAUCCAUUUUUCCGCCGCCACAAACGUCUCCAUGAGAAGCUGGCAGGGGUCAUAGAGGAUUAUGGAUUGGUGACCUUCAUGCCACUAAGUAUUAAGGAUGACAAGAGCUUGCAGUUAGUUCUAAGCGCUGUGGAUAAAGCCAGUGGAUUCUGCUUUGGGGAGGCAAAGCAAUCACUUGGGAACCUUAUGUCUGUGGCAGUAGGAGCAGAUUUCCAAUUCACAUCGACACUGGCAUUCCAAGAGAAAUAUGUGGAGAAUGAUGGGCGCACUGUGGAGGAAGAAACCUUAGACCUAUGAACAAUUCACUUUUCCAGAGCAGGCAUAUAUUUCGUUUUCUAGUGCUAAAACAUUUGGUUAUCUUAUUGUUUUAGCUUUUGAAUGGAUUUGCUAAAUUAUGUUUAUUUUCUAAUAAAAAUUUAAAUACACCUA